AUGGAUCCUUUGUCCAUAGCUAGUAGCUCGGCUGCUUUGAAGGGGUCAUGUUUUGAGCUCGUUGGAUUCACCAACAGCAUUGUACACGACAAGGUACCUGAUGAAGACUCAACUAUAGCCGGUCUGGGUUGGGAUAUUCACUAUGUCUCGCAAGUAUUGGACGAUAUUAACCUCAAUUGGAGGACCGGCUCAUCCGCACUGAUGAUGCACCCAUCUGCCAGCUUGGGCAUGUGGCCAAACAUUCAACACAACUUGAACAGCACCGGAGUGACCCUAGAGGGUCUGAAAAAGGAUUUAUUGCCUGUUGUCACCAGCGGACGUGGUGGCGGUUUGCGAGGUGCCAGUUCCAAGGCAUGGGCUUUGGGCCGGCGAGUGAAGGCGAUAGCAUCGAGGCGACAACGGAUACAAAGUCAUCACAUGGCUCUGAAAGUCGGCGCAAACUUGAUUAGAAUGGGCAUGGCUUUGCUGAGAUUUGCGCCUCCUCAUGAAAUGCAACCUGCCUUGGCUGUUCUCGACAUUGAGAUCAGGAAUCUCCAGACGGCCAUAGAGAAUGUAAGGCGUAUAUCCUGGAUUGAUAGCGCUGAUGAAGCUGAACGGCAAGGGAUGGCGGUCGUUAUGGAGGGCUUGGCUGCGGCAGCUAGCUCCUUUUACUCCUUUGCGUUAACGCCUGCUCCUCCUCUUCCUCCUACACAACCUUCGUGGAAUUCAGCUCACCCAAAUUAUAACCCGGCACCUGGUCCUACGCAAUCACCAUGGAACCAAGCAGGUUCAUACUACAACUCGGCGCCUCCUCCUCCUUACACGCAGGCCGUACAGCCUGGGCCUACACAAGACGAGGGGUCAGAAGAAGAGUCGGACGACGGGAGGUAUCCGACAAACUUUAUCUUGGCUGCUCGAGAAAACGACGUGGCUGAGCUCCAGAGACUGGUGGCUAGGGGUGAAGAUAUUCUGGCAACUGGAGAACACGGGCAAUCCCCUGCGUUCUCUGCUGCUGCCAUGGGGAAACUUGAGGCCCUCGAGUACCUCAUCACCCACGGAGGCGACUACCAAGCUGGAAACGAAUACGACUUCACACCGCUGAACGCAGCUUGUAAUCAUGGCCAGCCGGAUGCGCUAGAAAUGUUGAUACGCUAUGGCGCAGACUUUCGCAAACCAUCGUGUGACGGACAGACUCCUUUGUACUGCGCAGCAAAGUUUGGUCACCUCCGUUCAGUCAAGAUUCUUCUCAGCCAUGGGGUUGACAAAGAUUUCAUUCAUCCAUUAGACACGCAGAAUGUGUCACCUCUCAACGCGGCUGCCAGCAACGGCCACCACGACGUUGUCAAGUACCUUAUCGAACAAGGUGCAGAUUUCCACAAGCCCAACUACCUGGGCCAAAAUCCAGUCAGAACAGCCGCGGAGGGCUGCCAUGUAGAGACGGUGAAGCUUCUCAUAUCGUACAACGCGGACAUUCGACUUCCAUCCAACGACGGGAAUACACCACUGCAUAAGGUAGCUUCAAAGGGCAACGUUGAACUCGUGAAUCUGCUCCUGGACAGGGGAGCAGUAAUUGAUGCGCUGACACAAAGUGGUGUAACGCCAUUGUAUCUCGCAGCCGACUCUGGACAUGCUCCAGUAGUGAGGAUACUACUGGACCGGGGAGCAAAUCCCAAUACCGUGGGAGAAUCGCAAUGGACGGCACUUAACACGGCAGCUGACGAGAACCACACCGAAGUUGUACAAAUUCUCCUACAGCGAGGCGCAAACCCAAACAUACCAAACAAGAAUGGCUGGGGGCCGCUACACUCAGCUGCUAAAGCAGGCAACGUCGAGAUUGUCAGGUUAUUACUACAAGCACAAGCGAACAAAGACGCGGCCGAAACUGGCGAGGGUCACACCGCACUGUAUACAGCUGCUCAAAAUGGACAAAAAGAGGUUGUCAAGGCGUUGCUGGAAUUUGGUGCAGAUCCAAACCGGUCAAGUAAAGGGAAAUGGACGCCAAUUCACUCAGCCUCUGGUCGAGGAUACACGGACAUUGUACGAACUCUUCUAGCCUUUGGGGCAGUUGUUGCAACAGAAAACGACGAUGGCAUGACACCUCUGCACUCGGCAUGCAGUAAUGGUCAUUUAGACAUUGUCAGAAUGUUGUUGAGAAAAGGGCCCCCUCAGUCAAUCAAGAGCAAGGAUGGCUGGUCUGCGAUUACUUCAGCUGCUGGAAACGGGCACACUCAAGUAGUAGAAGCACUAUUAGAUCGGCAAGAGAACAUAGAAACGCGGAACUCCAACGGCUCGACGCCAUUGGGAAUUGCUGCGUCUCAAGGAUAUGCUGACACUGUCCGAAUGCUGAUUGCUCGCGGGGCGAACUUCAGAGCUUCCAACGAUAGCAGUUGGGUGGCUCUCCAUUCAGCUGCCAAAGGCAAUCAUAUCGAAGUUGUCAAGAUUCUACUCUCAAGUGGAUGCGACAUGUCUAUUCAGACAAGUGUGGGAUGGACGCCGUUGAACAUUGCCGCAAACCACGGAAGUAUGAGUGUGGUGCAGUAUCUGCUUUCGUGUGGCGCUAACCCAAAUAUCCCACAAGAAGAGGGUUGGACGCCGUUACAUUGCGCAUGUUACGAGAACAAGAUUGACAUUGUUCACGCCUUGCUACGGGCCGGCGCGAACCAGAAUGUGCGAAAUAAUAACGGACGAACUCCGCUGGACUUGGCCAUCUCCAAGGGGCAUCGGGAGAUUGAGCGGACUUUCCUUGAAAAGUCAUUUUCGCAAAUGAGGGUUUGA